UAGGGGCUCGUCUCGCUUCAGAGAUGUCUUUACAUUUAUGCUGAACUUUAAGCUUGGAAAAGGUGCCUUCAUGUGCUUGCUACAGACAGAAUGGUAGGAAAGUGUACCGGGGAUGCUGCAGGCUCCCAUAACACUGACAAUUUUGAAGAAUUGCAUGUUUGUCAAUGAGUAACUCCAUGCUCGAGGCAGUGUUUACUCCGGGAUGUGUGUGUUCUUCGUGAAGAUGGCAGGUCGGGGCAGGCUGCUGCCCUGUGUGUGUCUCGGUCUGUUCGGAGUCCUGUGCUGGGUCUGGGUCUCCUUCGCCUCCUUCCCCGACGACCAGCUGUACUCGGAGGCCCUGGACGCGGUGGACCGGGCAGCCUUCCAGCCGCAGAGUGCCCUGUCGGACAUGGAGUUUGGCUCCGUGGUCUCUUCCUACAGAGGACCCGGGAACACCGACCGGCGGAGCAACAAGGAGCUGCCCAUCAUCCUGUGGUGGAGCGCGGGGCUCUUCCCUCACUUUCCCGGGGACAGUGAACGCAUCGACUGCGCCACGUCCUCCUGUCUGGUCACCAGCAACCGCAAGGUCCAGCUCUACAAACGCACAGCAUCCAUCGUCUUUUAUGGGACAGACUUCCGGCCAUAUGAGGCUCCGCUCCCUCGCCUUCAGCACCAGACCUGGGCUCUGUUCCACGAAGAGUCGCCCAUGAAUAACUACAUCCUGUCCCACAGUCCAGGGAUCCGACUGUUCAACUACACUGCCACGUUUCGCCGGGAGUCGGACUACCCCCUGACCCUGCAGUGGCUGCCCUCCCUGGAGUACCUGCUCCAUCCUGUGGCUGUGUCCCUGAAGGAGAAGAACCAGCUGAGGAGGGAGGGGGUGGCUCCUGUCCUCUACAUGCAGUCCCACUGCGAUGUGCCGUCAGACAGAGACAGAUAUGUCCGGGAACUCAUGAAGUACAUCAAGGUGGACUCUUACGGGAAAUGCUUGAACAACAAGCCCCUGCCUGAGCAUCUCCAGGACACAGCCACCGCCACUGGCGAAGAGCCCAGGUUCAUGAAUUUUGUUGCGCGCUACAAGUUCCACCUGGCGCUGGAGAACGGCCUGUGUCCGGACUACAUGACAGAGAAGCUGUGGCGGCCGCUCCACCAGGGCUGCGUGCCCGUUUACCGCGGCUCCCCGGCGGUGUCGGACUGGAUGCCCAACGAUCACACCGCGGUCGUCAUCGACAGCUUCCCCUCCCCGAAAGCCCUCGCAGACUUUCUCACACGUCUGGACGAAAAUGACGACGAGUACAUGAAAUAUUUGGAGUUCAAAAACCACGGGCGCAUAACCAACAGCCGAUUGUUGGAGGCACUGGAGACCCGUGAGUGGGGCGUUAAUGACAUGAGUAAGCCCAACUACUUGAACGGAUUUGAAUGUUACGUGUGUGACCAGGAGAACGCACGACUAGCAGCAGAACGUGCGUAUAAGAAAUUCCCAAACAAGAGCCCGCCGCCUCAACCUAAAAUGGCCAGUUACUCUCACAUGGGCUGCCCCCUGCCCAGCCCAGGGUACGGAGAUGUCCAAGACCUACCUGCAGAUGACGGAUGGUUGCAAAUAUGGCCUCAGGAUUACUGGCAGAGCCUGGACCAGGCGGAGGGCCUGGAGUCUCUGAUAAGACACAACGAGUCAGACCCCUCGCUGCUGUGGAAGCACAUGCAAAACAUGGCCGUGCGCAGAGCUCGAGGGAAACACUGACGCAGGCCUCGCUGGACGGCGUCCAGGAUCAGAGGGGGUCUCCCAACUACGUGGCCCCCGUCUGAUAAAAUGACAAAAUGAAACAGACUUUUUUUCAUGUUUUUGCACCUGAGCCAAAACCCCCUUUUACCCUAUUAAGUAGUUCAGUUAGCAGAUUUUAGUCUCACAUUCAGCUGACGUGAUACUUUUGUCUUUAUCUGAAGUUCAGCUGCGGGAGGGGAGGGGAGUAAUGUUUUAUAGUGUUUUAUGCUAAUAUUGUCAGCUGGUUUUAUUACCAUAGCUGAGGUGCCAUCAUUACUUUCACUCUGCCUUGCAUUGUUAGCGUUAACUGCACACGGAGCUCUUGUUCCGGAGCGGCAGGCUCUCGCGGGAGGCCCGUUCUCAUUGGACUGGGGACGAGCCAAGAGACCCCGUCCUCUGCACCGAGGGAGCGCUGCCUAACUGCGUGUGAAGACCAUCGAAACAACAGCCAGCGAACUGCAUUCGCUGCCUCACAGUUACUCAGCAGGUAGUACAUGGCCAUUAGCUAGACUCCAAUUUAUGUACCAACCCUUUUUUUAAGUGACUAUGCAAAAAAAAAAAAAAAAAAAAUCAGUAUUUCAUCCAGGAAUGGAGAGGCAGAUGUAAAGUGAAGCACUAUUUCCCAGAGGGAAAUUACCAAAGCUUUUGCAAAGCAGUUCUCAGGAACGGCUCACCCCUUCAUUUAGUGGUAGACACUUACGUUUAUUGCUGUUUUUACUUACAUUGUGUAAGAAGCAUCUGUGUGUGCAAUAACUUUCAAUCAUGCUUUUUAAAGAACAUUCAACUACCCGGGACUCGAUGGUAUUGUACCCAAAAGAUCACCGAUUUUGCAUUGGACAUUUUUUUAUUGCAGAAUAAUGCAAAUUAUGUUUAUAUUUUUAACAAAGCAUUGUACAUGUCAACGCUAUUUUGUAACGAGAAUAACGCAAGAAGUAAACAUUCGGUAAGAAAGUAAUUUACUUGUUUGCUUCGAUGAUUAUAAUAGCCGUACCCCACUUGCCAGUAAUAGUCCGAUCACACUUCUGUGCUUAACACAUCAUGUUUAAGACACACAUGUCCUUCAUGGUAAACGGAGGCAGAGAAAAGUGUCACCACCAAGAAAUAAAAACGACGUCGGAUUGUACAACAAGUUGAGACAUUACAGAUGAAACCCAAUGCAAGCGUCAAC